AUGGCUUGCCUUGGAUUCCAGAGGCAGAAGACUCAGCUGGAUCUGGCUUCCAGGACUUGGUCCUGCGCUGCCCUGUUUUCUCUACUCUUCCUCCCCGUCUUCUCCAAAGCACUGCAUGUAUCCCAGCCUGCAGUGGUUCUGGCCAGCAGCCGAGGUGUCGCCAGCUUUGUGUGUGAGUAUGCAUCUUCUCACAAAGCCACCGAGGUCCGGGUAACAGUGCUGCGGCAGGCCAACAGCCAGAUGACUGAAGUAUGCGCCAUGACGUACACCAUGGAGAAUGAGUUGACCUUCAUUGAUGAUUCCACCUGCACUGGCAUCUCCCACGGAAACAAAGUGAACCUGACCAUCCAAGGGCUGAGUGCCAUGGACAUGGGGCUCUACAUCUGCAAGGUGGAGCUCAUGUAUCCGCCACCGUACUAUGUGGGCAUGGGCAAUGGAACCCAGAUUUAUGUCAUUGAUCCAGAACCAUGUCCAGAUUCUGACUUCCUCCUCUGGAUCCUUGCAGCCAUUAGUUCUGGGUUGUUUUUUUACAGCUUCCUCAUCACAGCUGUUUCUUUGAGCAAAAUGCUAAAGAAAAGAAGCCCUCUCACAACAGGGGUCUAUGUGAAAAUGCCCCCAACAGAGCCCGAGUGUGAAAAGCAAUUCCAGCCUUAUUUUAUUCCUAUUAAUUGA